AUGACUUGUACACUUUUCGAUUAGUUGAGUUAUCAUUCCAGCGUGUUCCUUUUGUACUGCUCGCUGUACAGUACAAGAGUCAACUUUGUCGUCUUUGUGCGCAGCCUGUCCCUGUGAAAGGGAGCUGAACUUUGGCCAUCUGGCUGCCAGAUGUACCACAGUUUCCCCCGGUCCCCUCCGUAGAGACUUCAGUCUCUUGCAUGAAUCCACUCCCCAACAUCAUAUAGGAGACACGGAGACGAGCGCGAGGAGCACUCCUCCAACUCCUGAAGUUUUUGCUCGAUGCCAAGCAGCCGGGCACUUUGAGCUCCUACGAAAGGCGUGUUUCCAGGCUGACUGGGGGUGGGCAAGGGCAAUCCAAAAGAGGAAGAUAUUUCUUUUUGAAUGUGAUGCCAAGUUCUCACACUCCUUUUGGGACCAUGGCGGAAAACAAGCAGCAAAGAAAAGGAUCCCGAGGUUCAGAUCGCUCCUCAUCUCACACCUGCUUGUGGAGCAUGGGUACAACUGCCAGUGCCGCGCCACAGCCUGUUUCCGUAGCGUCGCCCCUUGAGAGUGUCCAUGGCAACGGGAUGGCCGACAGCAGGCAGUCUCUUAGCAUGAGCCCCUUUCAGACAGUCAACAUCCACAACAACAAGGCCAAGUCCAUUAUCACCAACAAAGUCGCACCUGUCGUCAUCACGUACAAUUGCAGACAGGAAUUUCAGAUUCACGAUGACAUCCUCAAGACCAACUACAAAGUCGGGCGGAUAUCGGACACUAUGCCCGAGCACUACCUGGUGCAGGGGGAGUACUUCAUGGUCCAGGAUGUGUACAGCAAGGCAGAUGUCCUCAAUACCACGGGCAGCUAUGGAGCGCCCAACUUCCGCCAAGUCAAGGGGUCCUACCCGCUGUAUGGGAUGGGCCAACCGAGCCUGAACGGCUUCAAACAGGUUCUCCAGAGGCUUCAGGCGCAAGGACACGAGGAGGUCAUAUUCUUCUGUGUAAGAGAGGAGCCGGUGGUUUUCCUGCACAAGGGCGUCGACUUUGUGCCAUACACCCCGAGGAGGAAGGAAAACCUACACGAGAACCUCCAUGGCCUCGAAAAGGAGGAACUGGUGGAGAGCCUGGAGCUAACCAUCAGAAAGGAGCUUCACGACUUUGCCAAGCUCAACGAAAACACCUUCUACGUCUACAACGACAUAGAGUACUUUAAAGACGAGCCGCAGAAGAUCUCCAUCACGUGUGAGGAGGACAUCCACGUGACCGAAGAAGUCUAUAAGAGGCCCGUGUUCACCAUGCCGGCCUACAGGUACUACAGAGUACCGCUACCGAUGGAGGGAGCACCGUUGGAAGAGGACUUUGACGCGUUUGUUAACAUACUCAGGGAGAGCACCAGCUUGUCUCUGGGCCACGAUGAGUCCCGGCGGCUGCCUGCUCUGCUCUUCAGCUGCCAGGUGGGCGUCGGCCGCACCAACCUAGCCAUGAUCCUGGGCACACUGGUCAUGAAUCGCCUGAGGGGUGAUUCACAACCGCAGCCACAAGUUGAGGAGGCAGCAGCUUCAGAGCCCAAACCACUAUUCCAGAUCAUCCAGUCUCUGAUUAACAAGCUGCCUAAUGGACAGCAGGUCAUGGAAGAGGUUGACCAGGCUAUCGCACUGUGUUCAGAAAUGCACAACAUAAAAGAAGCAAUAUAUGAGAACAAGAGUAAGCUGGAAGGAAUCGGAGAAGAUUAUCAAAUUCAGGGAAGCAGUACCAAAGACUACUUUCUCAACAGAACCAUGCAGAGCUUGGAGUGCUACUUCUACUUGAUUGUAUUUAAUGCAUACCUUCACGAACAGUAUCCUCUCGCCUUUGUGUCCAACUUCAGCCAGUGGAUGUGCUGCCACACGUGGUUGUACAGGUUACUGGCCUGCAUGGACCUAUCAGAGCUGUCAGCUCCGGCCGAGCUGGUCACCAGAGGAGCUCGCGUCCUGGUUGCUGAUGAGUGUCUGGCUCCCGACGUGCUCAGCACGAUGAAGGAGAUGAAGGCGGUCAACUUCAGAAGAGUGCCCAAAAUGCCUGUUUAUGGAAUGGCUCAGCCAACAUCAGAGGCUACCGGAGCAGUCUUGGCCCAUCUCACGGAUGAGAAGAGGAAACACAGCCAUGUGUUGUGGGUCAACUUGCAGGAGGAGCUCGUGUUGGAAGGAAACGGUCAGAUUUUUACAUUGAGGGAGCCAUCGUGCCUGGACCAGCACAUUUCUAUCCCAUCAUGUGACCCACAGCUAAUAGAGAAAUUGGAGACGUCCCUGAAGGAGGAGAUCCUGCGAGCUCAGAAGUGGCUUGAGGUGACACUGGAGCAGGAGAAACAGAUGAAGAUGUUUAAAAGCUGCCUGACGGUUCAGGAGAUCUUCAAUCAGCACAUAAGCUCCCACCAGGGCCUCGUCUACAAACGCAUCCCUCUGCCGGACUGCAGCGCACCCAGGGAGGAGGAGUUUGAUAAGCUGCUGGAGGCCAUGAAGAGCUGCUUGGCCGAGGACUCUCACUCAGCCUUCGUUUUCAACUGCUCUAACGGAAAAGGCAGGACCACGACGGCCAUGGUUGUCGCUGUUCUGACUCUCUGGCACUUUAAUGGUUCUCCAGAGUUCGCAGAGGAUGAGAUCGUGAGCGUCCCUGACGCCAAGUACACAAAAGGAGAGUUUGAGGUGGUGAUGCAGCUGGUGCGUCUGCUCCCCGAUGGCCACAAGAUGAAGAGGGAGGUGGACAUGGCCCUGGACUCUGUCAGCGAAACGAUGACCCCCAUGCACUACCACCUGAGAGAGAUCAUCAUCUCCACUUACAGACAGAUCAAAAGUGGUAAGACGGAGAAGGAGUGUCAGCAGCUGCUGCUUAGGAGCCUGCAGUACCUGGAGCGCUACAUUUACCUCAUCCUCUUCAACACAUACCUGCAUCUAGAGAAGAAAAACUCCUGGCAGCGCUCCUUCACUCUGUGGAUGGAACAGGUGGCUGCCAGAGCCGGAGUUUAUGACAUCCUCAACCAGCUGGGCUUCUCCGAGUUCGAAAACCCGAGGGACACGCCGCUGGCCAGGCUGCGCUGCCGCUGGCAACAGCAACACAUUCAGUCACUUCCUUUCCGAGGGGAGUUCAUCUGAGAGAGGAUCACUGUGAACACACCAAGACAGUACUGUGCUUUUCAGAAUAAAAGACAUUUUCAUUAACAUUGUUAUGCCUUCUAUUAUUACCCCUGUAUUAUGCAUAUCUUCAUUUCAUCUUCAGUUUGUGUUACUGCUUUUUUUUUUCUUUACUUAAAAACUCACUGGCGAUGUUAACAUUUUGUUGUUUCAAUGUUGAGUCUUAGCAAGAAUGUUGCUCCUACAUUAGAAGUUGAUAUUUGUGCCCUGUUUUGUUUUUUUUAAUCAAUGGUAGAAUUUCAGAUUUCAUUGUACUAAUGUUACUUUUUCCAAAUGAAGGCUUAAAGAAACUUUUUUGAGUUCUCACGUUCGAAGGUGAGACGACCUUUUACAACACCUGUUAGAACAAGACGAGAGUUAAAUGUUGUUAUGGAGAAGAGAAGCAAAUUCCUCUGUGUUGUUAGCCAACAAUUUUGGUUCUAUGUAACUGUUUGCUGUUGUGUGACCUGAUAUUUUUCUUGAGCCCUGUCCUUUUCUGCCCAGAACAGCUGUCAUCACAGUGCCUGUGCAUUCGUUUGACUUGAGGUUUUCAAAGAUUUCCCUGUGUACAUAUGAAAGCUGUCCUUAUUUAAAUUUUAAUGUGUCGAUGAGUUUUCUAAAGCUGAUCAGAGAGGAUGUUUUUUUUAGGGUCCAGUUUCUUUUGCUACAGUAUAACGGCAGUACCUGUUUCUUUUUACAUUUAUUCACGUGUCAUGACACAGGUACUAACAACACAGCAUGUCAGGAUUUUUUUUAUGCUAGUUUGAUUUUACCUUGAAGCUGUAAAUGUAAAUUUUUUUUGUAAACAUUGAAGCAAUGCUUAAAAAUUGCAAACAUUAUACUGUAACAUCAUCAUAUUUCAGAUUCUUCGCACUCUUCUUUGACGGCUCUGUUACAUCGUGGCUGCGAUGAUUUUUUUACUUUAACUUGCACGCUUCAGCAGUUACUCAUCAAAACCUGGUGCCUACGUUACCCACAAUGCAACCCAAGAACAUUUGAGUCGGAGAUCUGGUUGUGCCAGUAGUGACUAACGUAGCCUUGAUUUGCUAAGGUGAUUCACUUGAGGACAUUUAUCAGCAGCCACAAAAGGAUUUAUACAAGUUUUUUUUAUGCAUUUGUACAUCCACAAACAGAGUUUCCCUUUAAAUCAGCUCGGCUCUCAGACGUCACGACCCCUGCAAGUAUAUAGUUGCAUUUUCUUUGUGUGGUAACACGUCUUUUUUUUUCUUUUCUUCUCUAUUUCGGUUCACCUUUUUAAUUUGCUAAUAUGUGUUGAGUUGUAAAGUAACUUGUAGCUCAUAGUGUGCUUUAAAAAAACACGAAUCCUGCCUUAAAAUCAGAAAGAUAAGCCAGAAAAAGAGUCAAAAAUGCCUCUCAUUACUAUGUUAUCUUUUCUGUCUAAGUAUCUGUUCUGUAUAUAAUAGAUUCAGACUAAUUGAGCCAAAAGAUUGUGAUGAUUGAUAAUGAAAUUGUAUGUUUGAGAGAAUUACAAACCCAUCUUUGUGUGACUUGAUAACAGAAGAACGUAUAUGUGCAGGUUGUAAUAACACCCUAAUGUCUUAGCUAUGCUCUUAAUUUAAUUUUUUCUUUUUUUUUUAAACAGGCACACUUCAUAGAGGCAAUGCAUUACCCUUUAUUCACAGCAUGUGCCACCAUUUUUUUCUUUUUUGAGGGGCUAAAAUAAAUAAUUCGAGUAGAUUUAUCAGCUUGUUUCUGCCUUUCUGUGUUAUCAUUUUAUUGUUUAUCUAAGGAGAAAAAUGAAACCCGUGUGUCCAGGAUUUGGUUUUAAAAGUGUGGGAGGAUUUUCAAUAAAACAACGCCGUGCGACGGAGCCAAAUAA